CGCUUUAUCCGUGGAGGAACGUGAACGUGCCUAAGGUGCUCGGUUCUUCUUGUGAAGCUAAGGCCUUUUAAUCCGGCGACUAGCACUGUUAAAAUUAGGCAUCCAAGCCAGAAACUCUAAUAUAUCGGAAGAAUAAUGGCCUCUGUAUCCGAACUCGCCUGUAUUUACUCCGCCCUGAUCCUCCACGACGAUGAGGUUACUGUCACUGAGGACAAGCUGAACGCUCUGAUCAAGGCUGCCGGAGUUACCAUUGAGCCUUUCUGGCCCGGUCUGUUCGCCAAGGCUCUGGCCAGCGUGGACAUCGGCAGUCUGAUCUGCAACGUUGGAGCUGGUGGUGGAGCUGCUCCCGCUGCUGCAGGUGGAGCCCCUGCCGCCGCCGCCGGAGACGCACCAGCUAAAGAGGAGGAGAAGAAGGAGGAGAAGAAAGAGGAGUCCGAGGAGUCCGAUGAUGACAUGGGCUUCGGUCUCUUUGACUAAAACAGUUUUUUUUAUUUUUACAUUCAAAAAUAAAAAAAAAACUGAAGAACUA